GAUGUUUAUUUAUCCAACUUUUGCUUGUCAAGCACAAGAUCAUGAUUCUUUUAACUUCUGCAACUUGCAGGUAUUGGAGGCAAGAGCUGGGUUCUAUGAAAAGCCAAUUGCUACAAUAGAUUUUGCAUCACUAUAUCCAUUUAUUAUGAUGGCCUAUAAUUUAUGUUAUUGUACCCUGGUGACUCCUGAAGAUGUUCGGAAACUUAAUCUCCCUCCAGAAUCAGUGAACAAAACUCCAUCUGGGGAAACAUUUGUUAAAUCAAAUUUGCAGAAGGCUAGUAUUGGAAUGGAUAACUUGAACGCUUAAUGUACAAAGUGGAGA